CCGGCUUGGUUACGCCUCUGACCUCCCUCCCCUCCCCUAGAGACACACGAGACCUCCUCUGCCGCUGGUGCUGGGAUCCUGACCCGCUCGCGUCGGCUAGCUCCAACAAACACAGGGUGAAGCGAAGAUCACCAGGGGAGGGACGCUUCCUUCGCCACGCAUUCCGAUCGAGCCGGGGGUCUCGUUUUCGUUUCGUCAGGGAGCCUCCAAGGAGACUAGAGCUCGAUCGGAUCGGAGAGGCCAUCGAGCAGCUUCGUUCAACUCGAGUUCGACGAGGGGGCGCUACCGUGCACCACACUUGCAGGCCUUGUCGUCCGAGGAUGCUGAAGAAACGAUGGCAGGGAUGCGUCUUCAUGCUCGCCUUCCUUCUCUGCAACGCGUCAGGCAUAUUGAUCCCCUCAGAAAAUUCUCCGUCAGAGUUCGCCAAGAUCGUUCAGUCUAAACAGACCAACCAUGCUCGCGUGUGCAGAGCGGACCCCGAGCUGCUGCGAUCCCUAGCGGGCAGCGAUGCAGAGCUCAUGCUCACCAUCCCCAACGAGCAGCUGGAGCACAUCGCCGAGUUCCAGGAGGAAGCCGACCUCUGGGUCACCACCUACGUCGCGCGCUUCCUCCCGGCGGCCAGGAUCACGCACGUCCUGGCGGGCGACGACGUGCUGACGAACUCCCCCGGGAACGCCUACUUCCUGGUCCCGGCCAUGCUCAACCUCCGCUCGGCGCUCGCCGCCGCGGGGCUCGACGGCCGGGUCAAGGUGUCUAGCGCGGUGUCCGCGCAGGCGCUGGCCGCCCCGGCGUGGUCAGGCGUCGCCGGCCACGUCCUGCGGUUCCUGAACUCGGCCGGCUCGCCGCUGUUCCUCAAGUCCCGCCCGUCGGAGGCCAGCGACGCCGAGGCCGACGCCGCGUACGCCGCGAUGCGCGCGCUGGCGACGGGGACGUUCUGCGUGGCGCUGCAGAGCGCGGACCCGGCGGCGCUGCAGGCCGGGCUCAACUGGGCGUGCGGGCCUGGCCACGCCGACUGCUCCGCCAUCCAGCCCGGCGGGCCCUGCUACCAGCAGAACAACCUGCCGGCGCUCGCCUCCUACGCCUACAACGACUACUACCUGAAGAUGUCCAGCACCGGCGCCACCUGCUCGUUCAACGGCACCGCCACCACCACCACCAACGAUCCCAGCUCAGGAUCUUGCGUUUUCGCGGGAAGCUCCACGGCGGGAGGCUCCAACUCGAGCGCGCCGGUGGGCGCGAGCCCGCCGACCAGCCUCUCCCCUCCGACGGGCUUCACACCGCCGGUCGGCUCCAGCCCCCCGUCGUCCGACUUCAGCCCCCCGGCGGUCGGCACGACCCCUCCCUUCGGCUUCGCCCCGCCUGCUGGCGGCGGCUUCGAGCCCCCGGCCGGCGGUUUCGGCACCCCGCCGUCGGGGUUCGGCCCGCCGGGCUCCUUCAACGGCAGCGGGUCGUUUGGCCCGAGCGGCACGCUCAACCCUUAUGGCGGGUGCCGUGGCGCCAUGUCCGGCGGCGCCGGCUUGACUGCUCUGCUCGCCGUCGCCGUCGCCGUUCUUCUCGUGUCCAUGGACGCGACGUGAAUUAUCGAUGCAGAUAUCUGGAUUAGCUCUUGACACUAGAGAGGUCGUAUCACCGGUAGUGAUUAUGCAGCGAUUUAGUCGCGUCCUACGUUCUUCAUCAUUCAGGUCAGGCCGGACCUGUGUAUUUAGGCGUCGUGUAUAUGUCAGUAUGCGAUGAGAGUUGUGGCAGUCAUGAUGUUCGAGUCCCUGGCACAGUAAUUUCUUUCUAUACGACACAAGGAUACGGUGAAUUUUUACA